AGCGUCUCAUCUAGCAGGACAUGGGGGAAUCUCUGAUAUCACCUGGAGACAAGUGGACCAUGUCCGACAUUGAGGACCUCUGCCAGAUGCCAGAUCUCCAAAUAGCCAGCGAUACAGAACAUCAGCUAUCCAGUAGUACAGACUCCACAGACAGCACGAGCGAGGAUGAGGAUUAUCAUGGAGAAGGCUCUGAGAGACACCUGCAGGGGAUAGCAGAAAUAUCACAGCAGCUGCUGGAGGAGCUCACCAUGCUGGAAGCCAAGUGUGACGCUGAGGAAGCGCGCAGGGAGCAGGACGAGGUUUGCGCUGCUCAGGUUAGUGAGAAUAGACAGCAGUGGUCCAGGCCCAGGAUUAUGUCUGAGCUACACGAAGUCCUCCAAGAUGAGCAGGAACAUUCUGACCUGAACACAGAUACAUCCAAGGAGUAUUAUCAACAGAUUGCAGAUUUGCAGGAAACAAUCAGGAAACUGAUGGAAGACAAACAAGAGAUCACAGGAGAGAAGGAAGAGCUGAAUCGUCAGAUAUUGAUGUUGCAGGAGGAGGUAGAAGAUCAGCGACUGGAUAGGAAAAUUCUAUCUUUGAAACUUGAAAGGAGUGAAAGAAAGUUUUUAAAGUUAAAUAGAGUGUCCCUCGCAGUAUCCCAGGAAUGUACCGGCAUGGUGAAUCAGCUGGAGACGGAGCAGAACUUGAGGCAUCAGGCAGAGCUGUACGCACACAAGAUGCUCAGUGAACAGAAGGCAGCCUGUAGGCAGAGCAUGAUCCUGAUGCAGAACGUGGAACCCAGUGAGAUGCUGGUGAAGGCUCUGGAGGACAUACGCUCUCUGACUACAACACUGGAGGAAACCAAGCAAGAACUGCAGACAAAGGUAGAGAGCUUGGAAUUACAGUUAUCAGAGAGGCCAUCACAAGAGCAAUUGCUUGUCCUGCAGGAAGACUUACACACAGCAAAUAUGGAGAUGCGUCGGCUAGAAGAGCAGCUACAGGCAGAAAAGGAGAAGUGUGCAGUCCUAGAAGAGAGGGUCAAGCGCAUGGAAGAAGAACUAAAAGGAAACGAAGCCCCUUGUAGCACUCAGAAAGACAUAACUGUGGCACCUUCUCUACCUCCUCCACCACCACCCCUGCCACCUCCGUGCCUUACCUCCAAGACCCCUGAAGACCCGCUGGCAUUACUCAAACAGAGGCGAAGGUUACCAGGGUUGGACGGUCCCACUGACACAGCCCAUGCUGAUGUCAGAGCUGACGCAGUUAGAAAAAUGAUGGAAAGCAUAAAGAGUGGCGUCAUAUUGAGGCCGGCAAAGAAACCUGGACAGAACCGAUCUGCAGUAACCAAGAAACGUGAGAGCAUCAUCAACGAACUCCACGGGAUGUUGAUGGACACCAUGAGGAAACCUGCGCGGAAAGCCAGCCGACGCAAGUUUAGCCGCAAAGUGAAGGACAGCGAGCUGGAUUUUGUGCUGCAGAGGCGACGGCUGAUGGUAGAUAUUCCCCUGCAGGCGGACAGCACCACGGAGACAGAGAAACACACUGAGGAGAGAGCAGAUGGAGCAGACCCCAGUGAUGAUAUGCGGUGUAAAGAGGACAGCCCCAGUGUCAUAAAGCGGAGACUAAAAACCCCAAACCUACAGAAGAGCCGGAGGAACCGCUUAGGGACAGGACAGAUAUUAUGGCAAUAGCGGCACAGGCUCGCCACAUGUUCUGCACUGGGGACCCCGUACACCUCAUUGCCUCAUAUCUCACCCAUCCUAAUAUGGGGGAAAGCAGACUAAAUGAUCUCCUGCAACCACAACAAUGAGUGUGUCCUUUUUGUGGGAUGAUGGAGAGUGAGAACCAGCAAGCAACGUCCGAGGUGCAGCCCCCCCCCCCCCCCCUGCUUUGUCAGCGUCACCCAUGUAAUAACUAAGGCUGGCUUAUUACAGUGCCUUCCUGCAUUACCGCAUACACAAGAGGAUGCCAUUUGGCUAGAGAAUGGUACAAGUUCUACACUAGGAACAUUGGGCCUAAUUCAGACCUGAUCGUAGAUGUGCUAAAUUUACCACAUCUACGAUCAGUCAAACAGACAUGCGGGGGGACGCCCAGCAUGUCAGGCCCUACCACUCCCCCCCUCCCCCGCACAAGUUCAAAAGCAUCGCACAGCGACAAUGCUUUUGUACUUUAGGAGUAGCUCCCUGACAGCGCAGCUUCUGCGCACUGGCAGGAGCUACUCAUCGCUGUGAGGGUCACAUGCAGCCACCGCGGCCCGCACCCUCAGCGGUCCGAGCACACCUGCAUUGCCCGGACCGCGACCCCUAAGCUGCGUCCAAAUGCCACCGGCCCGCUACCCCCCCCCUCCCCCCGCCCUGCGAUCACCUCUGCCUGUCAAUCAGGCAGAGGUGAUCGCAGGGCUGAGAUAGCUGUCGGCUGUCUGGCAUGGCUGGCGCACUGCGGCACUGGCGCAUGUGCAGGUCAGACCUGAUCGACUGCUGUGCGUUCCGAUCAUUUCUGAAUUAGGCCCAUUGUUAUCCCAGAACAGAAAGAAUGUACAAUAUUUCUGAAUAAAUCUGCUCUUAUGGA